CAAUAAUAAAGAUCAUAAUAGAAAAGUUGAAAAAAUGUCAGGAAUUGUAGAUAAGUUGAAGGACAUGAUGGGAGGCGACAGCGAGGACCAGAAGAAAGGAGAAAAGAAGGACAAACAUCACAAAGAUCAUAAAGAUGAAGGGAUAAUAGAUAAGAUUAAAGAUAAGAUUACCGGUGACAAAGACGAUGACGAUAAGCAUCACAAGAAAGAUAAAAAUGAUAAACAUCACAAGGAUCAUAAACAUCACAAAGAUGAUAAAGAUGAAGGGAUAAUAGAUAAGAUUAAGGACAAGAUCACUGGCGAAAAAGAAGAAGAUGACAAACACCACAAGAAAGAAAAAGUCAAAGAUGAUAAGCAUCACAAGAAGGACAAGGACGGCCCUGACAACGAUGGAGAGAAGAAGAAGAAAAAGAAGGGGAAAAAGAAGCAUGAAGACGGCCAUAAGAGCGGCAGUGAUAGUGACAGUGAUAGUGAUUAGAUCAUCAUCAUCUUCGUUAUUGCAUGUGUAAGGUG